UAAUUGUGAUAAGUGUGGAAAGUCCUUUGGAAACCCAAAAUAUUUACAGAAGCACAUGAAGAGACAGAUAUGCGAGGAGAUUUUGAAAAAACGUAAAUGUAAAAAUCCAUUUGUUGAUAUAUGCAGGAUGGUCAAUUACCAAAGUGGGCAGACUGAUAAACCAGUAAGAAUUUCUAUUUAAAGAAGAUCCUCUCUGUGCGAAGUAUGUGGAAAGAUGGCCGCCUGUCUGGAAAGACACAUGAGCAUACACACAACAGAGAAACUGUACACAUGUAAUGUGUGUAAGAAAGCCUGCAGUGUAAAAUCCACAUUGCCUGCAAAUACAGGGGCCCAUAUAUGUAAGAAACCCUAUAAUUGUGAAGUGUGUAGGAAAAUAUUCAACCUUCCAGGACAGAAAAAGACAAAUAAAGGACCUUUUCUGUGUAGUUUGUGUGGAAAGUCAUACACACACUCACAUAACUUACACAACCACAAAAGGACACAUACUGGUGAAAGACCAUAUAAAUGUGAUGUGUGUGGUAAAUCUUUUACAAUAUUGUCUAUCUUAAAGGUACACAAGCGGACACAUACUGGUGAAAGACCAUAUAAAUGUGAUGUGUGUGGGAAGGCAUUUAUCAUUUCAAAUGAUUUAAAGUAUCACAAAACAUCACACACUGGUGAAAAACGUCAUAAAUGUGUUGUAUGUAAGAAGGCAUUUACCCGACCAUCGUCAUUGAAACUUCACAUUAGGAUACAUACAGGGGAAAACCCUUAUAAAUGUAAUAUUUGUGGAAAGACAUUCAGCAGCCAAUCAUAUUCCUUAAAGGGACACAUGAUGAGAAGACAUAAUGGUAAAAUGAACUCAAAAAUGUGAUGUGUGUAAACAAAAAAAAAGAUUUUACCAAAUAUAUGCUGUACAGAAACACGAGAGGUCAAAAAUUUUACAGAUGAAAAAAAAAACUAAUACUAGUAACUGCUCAUAACAUUUGAUAGUUGAGGAGACCUGGAUCAAUCAUCAUGAAUGUGUGUGAGAUGGCAUUCUCAAAUAUUUUACCAAUGUAUACUGAACAGACACAGGAGGACACAUACUUUUACGAAAACACAAAAACAUGAUAGAAGUGAAUAGUGUUAGACGGCACACACGUGAUGAAAUCACACACAUGAUCAAAUCACACACGUGAUCAAAUCAGACAAAGCAAUCGUACCUUGAAAAUGUAAUGUAUUGGAAGGCUUUCCCUUUUUAGAUUCUAUAAAAAAGCAUCCGAGAAGAUAUACUGGUGAUCGAUAAAUUUUAUGCUUAAAUCAAUUUCUUAAUUUACAUGCAUGUACCUGAAAUGUAAUGUUUGAAAAAAUAUAUAUAGUAUAUAUAGCAUAUUUUUGAAAAAAUAAUAUCCGAUAAUUGUAGAAUUUCAAAGAAAUAAAGUACAAGUGUAUGGAACUAAA